CGCGAAUGCACUGGCGUCUGCCAUGACCACAGCAGCCUUACAACAAGCAUCCUCGCCCUCGACAGCUGCUGCUGCUGCUGCUGCUGCAUCGUCACCAUCCUCUUCAUCCAAUGCACCAACAGCAGCGGGCGCUAAAGCUGAGGUCGCUAUCGCGCCCACGACCAGACAGGAGCCGGUGGCAGAGAUGCGCGAUGGCGUUGAAUGGGUCUCGUUUGUGUACUCGCAUAAUCGGACGCUCAAGCGUUACAACAUCCGCACGGAUAUCCAUACGGUCGAUCUUGAAACGGUUGACCCAAAGUUUAAAGAAGACAACUGUGUUUAUCCUCGAGCCAACCUCCCCAAGGAAACCUACCGCGGCAACCGCUGGGCCUAUGAAACUGAGUGCAAUAUACUGGGAUGGAAACUGGCCUGGUUGAAUGCUGGCGAGAUUGCAGGCAAACGCGGUCUGAUCCAACGCGCGGUCGACUCGUAUCGCAACCGCUACCCAAGCAUGCGCUCCCGACGCGUGGCUCGACAAGAAAAGCUGCUCAAGGGCACACUGCGCAAACGCAAGAAUCGCGAGGACGAGCCUUUCUCCUCGGAGUCUACUGGCACGGUGAAACAACAUCAACAACAAGCAUCAUCAACAACAUCAGCUGGGCAACAACAAGCAGGAGCUCCGCUUUCGACACUGGCAGCGGCGAUCGUCAAGCCGGCAAACCAUCCAAAAACAUUGGUGAUAGAGGAUGGCGGUGUGCGUCUGCGAAUCAAAAUCAAUGUGGAAGGAAUGGAUUUGGGAGAGAUUCCAUACGAGUUUCGCAGAGCCAAUUGCGUGUUCCCGCGAGCCAUGAUUGUCAGUCAGCCUGCUGCACAGACGACUACCCGAUGGUUGGAGGAGUCGCUCUGCAACGAAUUGGGAUGGAAAUUGGUAACGUAUCCGGAUGCUGAGAGGGACAGGACGUUUGCAUACUACAAAGCUCAUGGAAAGGCUAAAUGGUUCUUUUCGCACGGGGUCAAUAAUAGGCUUGGUUGAACCAGCGACAUUUGGCGGGUAGAAAGAACCUGUUGCAACGAGCGCUUGAUACAUACCGUACGCGCUACAUGCCUGCGCUUCAUCCGCGCAAGAAUUCAAGACGUGCACCAUCCGUCCCUGUGCCGCAAGCUCCGCUUAUGCAGGCCACACUCAAAGUUCCGACCACGCCUACGACUUUUACACCACUCACUGCAUCUGCACUCUCAGCACAAAAUGCAUGGUAUGCACAGCAAGAUCAGCACAGCCAACAAGCACAACAAGCACAACAACAACAACAACAACAACA